GAGGCGCUACAUAAAGCUACAACAAAUUCCUCGAAAAUAAGCCCUCAUUACCCAGCAUUCACUGCCAAACAGUCCUUCCGGUUUGUCCGCCAUUGUAGUAAGCAGACAUGGCUAUCAGGUAUCCUAUGGCCGUGGGCCUUAACAAAGGCCACCCGGUAACAAAGAACGUCACUGCGCCAAAACACGGUCGGAGACGAGGGCGCCUGACCAAGCACAGCAAGUUUGUGCGUGACAUGAUCCGCGAGGUGUGCGGCUUCGCCCCCUACGAGAGGCGUGCCAUGGAGUUGCUGAAGGUGUCCAAGGAUAAGCGUGCCCUCAAGUUCAUCAAGAAGAGGAUUGGAACUCACAUCCGCGCCAAGAGAAAGAGGGAGGAGCUGAGCAACGUUCUGGCCGCAAUGAGGAAGGCCGCCGCCAAGAAGGAUUAAACCAUCGUUGGGGCAAAUAAAUAUUUGUAUUUCACAAAAGAAA